GUUAGAACUAGUUACGCAAAACAGAAUUUGAUCCCAUCCAAUUACCCACCAUGCCAGGAGACGAAAAUGUCAAAAAACUCAUUGCAGUGCUUGCAUUUCCCUUCGCCACCCAUGCAUCUCCUCUCCUCAGUCUUGUUCAGAGGCUGUCGCCGGCGGUUCCUGAAGCAAGAUUUAUCUUCUUCAACACUGCAAAAUCCAAUAACGCCAUUUUCCUAGAAGAUGACAAGAGGUGGGAUUCUAUAAGGCCCUACAAUGUGUCUGAUGGAACGCCUGAGAAUUAUGUGUCUUCAGGGUCACCCAUGGAGCCCAUUGAGAAUUUUGCAAAGGCAACGCCGGAAAAUUUCAGGACGGCCAUGGAGACGGUGGUGGAAGAGACGGGAAUGGGAUUUAGUUGCAUUAUUACUGAUGCAUUUUAUUGGUUUGCGGCGGAUAUGGCACAAGAAUUGCAGGCCCCUUGGGUCGCAUUUUGGACUGCUGGCCCUCGUUCAGUUCUCUUGCACCUUGAUACCGAUCUAAUCAGGGGAAUUUUGAAACUUAGUAGUGGAAUCGAUGGAAAAAUGUUGGAUUUUCUUCCUGGAUUUUCUGGAAUAUGUGCUACCGACAUACCUCCUGAAAUAACCUGUGGAGACUUAAACUCGCCUAUGCCAAGAAUGUUGCAUAAAAUGGGGUUAAUGCUACCAAAAGCAACUGCUGUGGCCAUAAACUCAUUUGAAGAAAUAGAUACUGCUAUGGUGAAUUUGACCAAUUCAAGAUUUAAGAAGUUUCUCAAUAUUGGUCCCCUGGUGUUGACAUUGCCAGACCUGAAGAUUUCUGAUUCAGAAGGUUGCCUACAAUGGUUGGACAAGCAGAAACAGGAGUCUGUGGCAUAUAUUAGUUUUGGAAGUACAGUAAUGCCUCCACCUCAUGAGCUAGAAGCAUUAGCAGAAGCACUGGAGACAAGUGGGUUUCAUUUCAUUUGGUCAAUUAGAGGAAAUCCAGAGGAGAAGUUGCCAAAAGGGUUCCUGGAAAGGACCAAGGACAAGGGAAUUGUAGUUUCAUGGGCACCACAGUUAAAGAUCUUACAACAUGAAGCAACUGGGGCCUUUAUAACACAUUGUGGAUGGAACUCAGUAUUGGAGAGUAUUGUUGGUGGUGUGCCAAUGAUCUGCAGAGCAUUCUUUGGGGAUCAACGUCUGAACAUGAGGACAAUAGAAAAUGUAUGGGGGGUUGGUACAGGAAUUGGAGAUGGAGAGAUCACUAAGGAUGGUGCAAUGAAAGCAUUAGAACUUGUUUUAUCAAGUGAAGAAGGGCAAUACAUGAGACAGAAACUUGAAGACAUCAGAAAACUAGCUUUUGAUGCUGUGCAAUCUCAUGGUAGCUCUACUGCAAAUUUCGAAACAUUGACAGCAGUCAUCACCAAGUAAUAAUUCUAAUAGCAUUGAAAUGCUGUUUUAGUUUCAUUGUUCGAUUAUAAUUAUUGAAUAAUUCCAUAAGGAAAAGGGUGUUAUAAUUUUCAGUUUACGUAUGUUGAGGGAUAAUUACACUAUGCAACUGCAUUUGACAUUUUAAACAUUUUUUAGAUUUUGUUUUAUUUGAGCGUCCAACUGUAGUUUUGUUCAUUUACAUGAGUUUGAAACGCUUUAUCAUCAGUGCCUUUGGAGAAGUUUGAUGAAAUCAAAUAAAAAAU